CGAUAGAUUUUCUCAAUCACGCACAAAGCCACUCUAGUUGAUUUCUAAUUUUAUGGACUUAUAUUAGAGACACCCUUCUUUAUUUAUAUACACAAGCACAUCUUAUGUGAUCAAUCUGUACAUGUAAAUAUGUGAUAUAUAAGUUCCCACUAAAUCCGCUUUGUAAAAUUUCCUUCUCUUGCCAAACAUGUCGUCCUUGGACCCGAGUGGGUGCAAGAAAAGGAAGAGAGUCGAAAGAGUUUUUAAGUUCAAGGCCUUUGGUGAACAAGGGCAUCCAAUAGAGAGUUGUGGCACCUUUCGGGACAAUGUGAAGGCUCUCCUAGAGUAUGGAAAUAUAGAAAUGGCAUUCGCGAAUGGAAUGACAUUUUGGUCGUUUCAGCUCGAGGUCCACCACCACCCUCCUUCUAAUCUCUUGUUAUUUGUUGUUGAAGAGUCAAUUGAGGGGUCAGUGAAUCGUCAUUGCAAGCACUGUAUAUACGUCGGGUGGGGAGACCAUAUGAUAUGCAAUAAGAAGUAUCAUUUUUUGGUGCCAUCUAAGGAUACAAUGGCAGCUUUCUUGAGCUAUGAAGCAAACCACAGCAGUAUAGUAAUGGGUAAGUUAAAUUUUGUGGAAUUAAAUGGGCAUACAAUGCAUGGUGUGUUUCACUCUAAUGGAUUUGGGCAUUUGCUAUGUGUCAAUGGGUCGGAGAUGGGUUCGGACUUGGCUGGGCACCGCGUCUUGGAGUUCUGGAACCGUCUAUGUAUCUGCUUGCAAGCCAGGAAAGUUAGCUUGAUUGAUUUGGCAAAGCAGAAAAACAUGGAUUUGAGGCUCAUUCAUGGGGCAGCAUAUGGGCAAUCAUGGUUCGGUAACUGGGGUUACCAAUUUGGGCGAGGAAGCUUUGGCGUCACACAACAAAUGUAUCAAAAAUCCCUUGAAGCCCUCCAGAAUAUUCCUUUAUGCAUCCUUGCUCAUCACAUUGGCACUUCAAAUAUGGAGAUCCCAAUCUUGUUCUCUAGAUACCAAACGCUUUCAAGCCGUUCUCUAUUGACCCUUGGUGAUCUACUCAGGUUCAUGCUAGAUCUCAAACACCGGCUUCCCAAAGAGAGUGCCUUGAACACAUACAACCCUGGGAUCUUAGUCGAAAAUUCGUGUAGAUGGUCCCCUAAACGUAUUGAAAUGGCUGCACGGGUUAUUGUUGAAUCCCUAAAGAAAGCUAAAAUUAGAUGGGUAUCAAGGCAAGAAGUCCGGGAUGCUGCCCGUGCCUAUGUCGGUGACACGGGUUUGUUGGAUUUUGUGCUCAAGUCGUUAGGGAAUCAUGUCGUUGGGAAGUAUUUGGUUCGUCGUUGUCUGAAUCCAGUAACCAAAGUUUUAGAGUACUGCUUAGAAGACAUUUCAAACACUUUAACUAACCAAGAAGAGUUUGUUAUAAAUGACUCCAAGUUGAAAACUCGGUACAAGAUCUCUAGGGUUCAACUCAUGAAUGACAUGUGUUACAUCUAUAGGCACAUCCUUAGAGGACAAACCAAAGAAAUGGAUAGAACAAUAAUGUCUUCCAUUUCAUUAGCAUCAAGAAUAGUCCUUGAUACCAAGUACUUCGUUAAAGAUUAUGGCGCGGAAAUGUUUUCGAAAUAUGAAUCAGAAACAGAAGAAAAGUCGAAACUUUAUUGCACCGUAACAAUACAAGAUAAGGGAGAAAUAUAUGUCCAUGGAGAAGGUGAAAAGAAGUUUAUUACCGCACCGUACGAGACCAUAAUGUUAAGAAACAAUGCAACAUUUGAUGAGCUCAUAGAAGAAGUAGAGAAAAACUUUAAGGAAAUAUAUUGGGGACUAAAGAGCUUCAUGAUUGGAUCCAUAAUGAACAUAAACCCUAAUGGAUUUGAUCAGGUCUUUAGGGUUACCAAAUCUGGCAGCAAACUUGUUUUUCAAGGAAAACUGGGUGAUAUGGGAAUGAAUCGCGAAAGUAUAUACGAAAGUGGCUCACGACAAAGAUUCUUUGUGGAUUGUGGUUGUGGAGCAAAAGAUGAUGAUGGUGAAAGAAUGGUGGCGUGUGAUAUUUGUGAAGUUUGGCAGCACACAAGGUGUUUGAAGAUUCCAAACAACGAAGAAAUUCCAAAUAUAUAUGUUUGUAGUCGAUGCGAACAAGACAUUCUAGUUUUACCAGCACUACCAUAGUACCAAACUAGCUUAGCAAUCUUACUUGAUUCAUAUAUAGAUACACUUACUAGUUUGUUAUCUGUAACUAAGUUACUACUUUAAUUUUCUUUUAAUGCUCUCUUAUACUACUCA